UCCAACAGCUUCUCUUCCUCUUCCUAUGCUUCUCAUUCUCUCACUCUCUCUCCCCAUAAAAUCCCCCUUCACUCACCCUCCCACAACAAGCAAAUCCGAAACCAUCCACAAUAAAAAAAAAGACGCAAACUUUUUAACCCAACAAGAACAAAAACAAAGACUUGAAGAUACUAUAACUCAAGCCACUUUCUUUUGUCUGAAAAUGCCAUCCGAGUCCGGAGAUCAAAACAGGCGUUUAACCAAGGCCCUUAACACGGGAGCCCCACCACCAGAACAAGAACAGCUGCCUUGUCCACGAUGUGACUCCACCAACACUAAGUUUUGUUACUACAACAACUAUAACUUUUCUCAACCUCGCCAUUUCUGUAAAUCGUGUCGCCGUUACUGGACUCAUGGUGGCACCCUCCGGGACAUCCCUGUUGGCGGUGGCACCAGGAAAAAUGCUAAGCGUUCACGCACCACCAACACCACCUAUGGUACCGUCAUUUCUUCCACCAAUGCUGCCACCACCAUUAGUCAUAAUAGCUUCCCAUUAGCUGCCACCCCGGUUUUGUUGCCACUGUCAGCGAAUCAGGGAACUUUUGGCAUUGGUGGAGAGUCCAGGGGCAACGGGGGUGGAAGCAUCUGUGGAAGUUUUACUUCAUUGUUGAAUACUCAGGGGCCGGAUUUUCUGACUCUCGGUGGGUUAGGGUUUGGUAUUGCUCCAGCACUUGAAGAUGUCGGGUUUGGGCUUGAAAGAGGAACGUGGCCUUUUUUAGGAAUGGGAGAUGGAGCUGCUGCUAUUGGUGGCAAUGCUGGGGCUGCUACAGGAAUGGGGAACACAUGGCAGUUUGAAGGCGGGGAGCCUGGGUUUGUUGGUGGGGAUUGCUUUUCUUGUCCUGAUCUAGCUAUUUCAACUCCUGGAAAUGGGCUCAAGUGAAUGAGCUCUUUUGGGUUCAUUGCCUUUUUCAUGCUUUUUUUUUUUUGUUCUU